GGGAAAUUGGAACUUCAGGACUUCCAAACCAACUGACCCAAGAUCCUACCCUUCCACCAAAAGAACUAUCAGCAGUGCAAGAUGUAAUCCAAUUUGUGGACAGGCUCUAGGGGCAAGUAGGACUCAUGAGUUGCGCUGGAAACAGAAGAUAGAGGGAGUGUAGGAGCUCGCCAUCUCCAAGCGAUCUACAUUGGGAAAAACAUGGAGUCGGCUCCGGCAGCCCCCGAUCCAGCCGCCAGUGAGCCGGGCAGCAGCGUCUCCGAGGCGGCCGCCGGCGCCAGGGACACCCCGGUGAACCUGGAGCCGGCCCGGAAAAGCGAUGCGCCGGCUCCCGUCCGCAGGCAGAGCUACUCCAGCAGCAGCAGCAGCAGAGGUAUUUCUGUAACAAAGAAGACUCAUACAUCUCAAAUUGAAAUUAUUCCAUGCAAGAUCUGUGGAGACAAAUCAUCAGGAAUCCAUUAUGGUGUCAUUACAUGUGAAGGCUGCAAGGGCUUUUUCAGGAGGAGUCAGCAGAGCAAUGCCACAUACUCGUGUCCUCGGCAGAAGAACUGUCUGAUCGACCGGACCAGCCGGAACCGCUGCCAGCACUGUCGCUUACAGAAAUGCCUUGCUGUGGGGAUGUCUCGGGAUGCUGUAAAGUUUGGUCGAAUGUCAAAAAAGCAGAGGGACAGCCUGUACGCCGAGGUGCAGAAACACCGAAUGCAGCAGCAGCAGCGGGAUCACCAGCAGCAGCCAGGAGAGGCAGAACCACUCACACCAACAUACAAUAUCACCACCAAUGGGCUAACAGAGCUACAUGACGACCUCAGUAAUUACAUUGAUGGGCAUACCCCUGAAGGUAGCAAAGCAGACUCUGCAGUUAGCAGCUUCUACUUAGACAUACAGCCUUCUCCAGAUCAGUCGGGUCUUGAUAUUAAUGGAAUCAAACCAGAACCAAUAUGUGACUACACACCAGCAUCGGGCUUCUUCCCUUAUUGUUCUUUUACAAAUGGGGAGACCUCUCCAACUGUGUCCAUGGCAGAAUUAGAACAUCUUGCACAGAAUAUUUCCAAGUCACACAUGGAAACUUGCCAGUACUUGAGAGAGGAGUUACAGCAGAUAACAUGGCAAACUUUUCUGCAGGAAGAAAUUGAGAACUAUCAGAACAAGCAAAGGGAGGUAAUGUGGCAGUUAUGCGCAGUCAAAAUAACAGAAGCUAUACAGUAUGUAGUGGAAUUUGCCAAACGCAUUGAUGGCUUUAUGGAACUGUGUCAAAAUGAUCAAAUUGUGCUUUUAAAAGCAGGGUCUUUAGAGGUUGUGUUCAUCAGAAUGUGCCGUGCCUUUGACUCCCAGAACAACACAGUCUACUUUGAUGGCAAGUAUGCUAGCCCAGAGGUUUUCAAGUCCUUAGGUUGUGAAGACUUCAUUAGCUUUGUGUUUGAAUUUGGAAAAAGUUUAUGUUCUAUGCAUCUGACAGAAGAUGAGAUAGCUUUGUUUUCUGCGUUUGUUUUAAUGUCAGCAGAUCGCUCAUGGCUUCAGGAGAAAGUAAAAAUUGAAAAACUCCAACAGAAGAUCCAGCUAGCACUUCAGCACGUCCUACAGAAGAACCACCGAGAAGAUGGAAUUCUAACAAAGUUAAUAUGCAAAGUGUCUACUUUAAGAGCACUGUGUGGACGACAUACAGAAAAGCUUAUGGCAUUUAAAGCAAUAUACCCAGACAUUGUGCGACUUCAUUUUCCUCCACUUUACAAGGAGUUGUUCACUUCAGAGUUUGAGCCAGCAAUGCAAAUUGAUGGGUAAACGUAUCACCUAAGCACUUCUAGAAUGUCUGAAGUACAAACAUUAAAACAAAAGAAAGGAAAAAAAAGGAAAAAAAAAAAAGAAAGAAAACCAAGACACUUUAUAUGGCCCUGCACAGACCUAGGGAGCCAACACACUGCACAUCUCUUGGCGGUCGGGGUCAGGCGAAGGAUGGGAAACAAUGAAACAAAGUUGAACUUGUUUUUCUCAUGCAUAUGAUUUCCAUUAUGCCUACAAAUAUGGACCCUUUUUCUGUCUCAACUUCUCAAUCCUUGACUUCUGUUUACACAGACUGAGGGUACUAAUGUCAGAAGGUUGUUUUCUCCUGUAGUUCACUGCCCAGACUUUUGACAGAACAAUCAAUUUGUUGGUCAGAACAGAGUCCACCUAGUAAUCAGCGACUGGUGUGCAUUGCAGAGAUUUCAGCAUCAGUUUGCACAACUUGCUCAUUGUUUCAUGAAGGACGAUUUUUUUUCACCUACCACUGUUUGCCAGUAGACAGAACGGCAUGAAAAGGGUCCAUAGCAAUAGCAACAAUAGCAUUAUAAUAUAUUACAGGGUAAAUGGGCAUGAAGACUAUAUAUAGCAAAAGAGAUAUUGUUUAUAUAUUGUUUUAAUUAAUAUAAAAUGUAGUUACUGGUAUAGCUUUUCUUGUUGAAUUGAUAAGGCACUUUCAUUUUGCACCUUUUUCUUUAAAUUAAAUGCUAGCGUGUUCAUUGUUGUGUUGCAUGUGCACCAGAAAUUCAAGUUUAACUGAAAAAGGUUUGGCAGGUACUGGUACAUUGGGAGGUAUUUAUGCUGCUGUUUUCCAUGUUACUUUUAAAGAGAGGCUGGUCAUAUCCUGAAAUGGUUAGAGAUUUUUUUAAAGGGUUGAAAAUAAUGACAAUUUUCUACCUUAAAAUAAUCUUUUCAGAAGUUAAAUUCAAAGGUACUUUUAUUUUCAAGUCUUUCAAACCGGAAUGUUUCAAAGUCAAAGGCCUCAUUUUCAAAGAUUCUGAGUUUCCAUUGUCAGAGUUGAACUAAUUAAUUACAGAUCAUUUACAAAUGAGUAACACAGCAUCUUUGAAAAUCAGGCUAUUAAAUAGUGUAUUCCUGCCCACCAUAAAUCCAGGUUUGAAAGUAUUUAUUCAAGUCUGUAUCUACAGUAAAAGUAUGUGUGUAUGACAUGCUUGCGGACAAGUAAUUUUUACAUGUAAUAUUACAUACUUUUGUACUCCGUAUCGUAAACAAUGCCUUCCAAUGCCAAACUGGAGCCUGUCAAAAUCCACAGAUUUGUCUUUGGCUUCAGUGAGAUGAGACACACUGACCCCUGUUGUUCCAGCAUCCAGCAGUUCAGUUGCAGGGAGCUGAGCAGAGAAGUCUGCUCUCUCCUAGUUUAAAAAGAUGCACUUUAAAGUUCAUCAGAUGGGAACAAACUGAGAAAGGAAAGGCACACUGUUGCUAGAAAGCAUUAGUUUGUACUCAGUACAAGCCUGGAAAUCAUUACUAUCAGAAACCUGUGUUCUGUAAUUCUGACUCCUGUAUCGCAUAACCAACCAAGAAGCUGAAUCUUGCAGUGUUACUAAAUACCAUUCCCUUCCGGAAGAAUUCCAUCUCUGAGCAAAGCUGGCAGUAAAUGUAGUUCUGAAGGAAUUAGCUUCACAUAAACAACAUUACAAACUGUGGCUCUUUGAGCCAGAGGUGUAUUUUUGGGGUUGGAUGAGAUGCAGAUGCAUAACUCGAUGCCCUGUAGGCCAUCACAAAUGUAGUUUUGAUGGAGUACCUAAGAAAAAGCUGGGAACAUGAAAAAAUUAUAAGGAAUGAGACAGAAUGUGCCCUACUGCUCUAACUUCCAAGGGUAAACAAUCUCUUAUAUAAGUUAUAGUUGUUGGGAAGUUACAAGUGAAUAGAAUCACACCAAAGCCUAAGUAUUUUAAAAGGAGAGUCAGAUCAGUGGGUUCUUAUCAGCAAAAUACGGGUUUAUUCUGUGAUUUGAACAUGUUUCCUUUGGGGUGAAAUAGAAACAUUUAAUCUAUCACACUUAAUAAAAAUGUUCCAGUCUAGCACAUCAGGGAAGGUCACAGCUAUCACUCAUCUCUAGGCUUUGAAAGGAGGGUGAGAGCAGAGCAUCACACUUCCUCCUCAGAGCAGUGUGCCCUGGAGUGUGGGAGGGGAACACCUGCAGUGCUGUGAGCACUGGGGUGGAGGCAGGAGAGGGCUUUUGGAAAAAGUCCAUAGAGCUGUCUUUUUCCUGCUCCAUCCUGCCUGCUCCUGCGGAAGUGGCUCAUAGCCCAGCACAUGCUCACUCCACUCCCACUGAAACACUUUUCCUUGGAUCAUUGUUUACUUUAUUGGAGUAACUGGCACGAUACGGUACUUGCAUUCUAAUGUGUAUUCCAAUUUUGAAGCACCUCUUUAAACUAACAAAUGUUUUCUGAAUGUGACCAGCCUUAGGUGCUAGUCCUGUAAAGAUCAACUAAACUUAAUCUCAGUGUCAACUAAUGAAUAGUGAAGUAAGACCUUACUUUUUUAGAGAGUGAGAUACACCUCCUACUUCUGACAAUGUAGACUACCAGGCAAAAUAUUGGGGAUUAGUUUUCAGUCACAUCCUGUUCUUACCUUUUCAUGAUGAAUAUUAGUGCUUUACCAGGUAUCUAGGCGCCAGUGGUUUUGUUUGGAUUCUGUUUAGCAUAUUUACAUUCAUAAAUCAUUGACAAUAUAAGUCUUGGAGCAUUUAAUAAUAAAAUACAUAACAAUAAAAAGGUUUCAAGUAGGGCCUUAGCUGAGACUGAUCUUCCAGGCCAGAAAGUACUGUUGUUUUUGUUUGUGGGAGCUCAUGUGUACUGGGACCUUGUUAAAUCAGGCUGAACAUACACACCCCAAGUAACUCUGCUUUCCUGGUCACAGUUAACAGCCACUUGGCAACAGAGUAUAAUUUUUGGCUUGCCCUUCAUGGAGAGGCGAAAAAACAGCAGACACACCUGGUGCCAAGGGGGUUUUUGUGCAAGGGGACUCAGAAUAACACCAGAGUGGCUGGUCAGAGAUGGCCCUGUAAGAACACAGCACAGCAGAGGAAAUGCCCUCUGCAAAACCCCUGCGACUGUGGCCUGCUAUCAGAUGAUCAACCAGUUAAAAACCACUGGAGGUCAAUGGAUAUCCACAUGAGUAUUUUCAUCAUCUGCCCAGUUCACUACAAAUAAAAACACUAGGAUAGCUGAACAUAAUAUUUCAAGUUUAGAUGACCUAGUCCUUAGAGUCUGCAAAGAUAUUUUCCUUGGGAGUUAUACCUAUCCCUGGAGAUGUUUUCUGGCUUUCUUGGAGGAGCUACUAGACUAUACUGUCAUAUGAACCGCCCUAGUACAUGUCAUCACCUCCAGCAUUGUUUGAUGUAUGGAAUUAGGUAAAAAGGGAGGCUGUUUUUAAGUUUGGUUGUUCUUUAUUAGCUUAUCUUAGUAUGAAUACCAAGAUAUCUUUCUAUGUGCACCUGUGUGUGUGAGAGAGUCCAUUGUGUGCGCACAUGAGUGUAUGCGUGGGACGUGUGAGCGGCUGCUUCUAGGCUGUUAAGUGUCAAUGGAAUAAAGAAAAUGUAUUCAAAAUACUUAAGUCAAAAAUAGAAGGUGGUAAAAAGAUUUAUUCUAUACAAAGCCUUGUCUGGACCACUUUAGAGAGACUUCUAUUUUUUUAACCCUUCUAUAAAUGUUUGAUGGCACUUGAAAUAUUCCUGCAAUAAAAUGUGAUUUGUGUAAACAUUAAAAAAAAAAGAUUUUGUAAUGUGAAACAAUGAAAGAAAGUAAUGUAAUUUUUCUAAAAAACAAAAAAAAAAACCACAAACGAACGAACUUUGUAUUAUUUUCUUGAUGGAAUUUGUCUAUUUGUCUUUGGAAAAACUUUUUAUUUCAUUGAAUGUGCCAUAGUAGAGGUGCGUUUUUCUUUUUCUUUCUUGUUUUUUAUUUUUACAUUUUAGAUUAAAGGAAUAGCUGUGUUCCGACAUUCCAAAAUGCAAGAUGACAUAGCAGUCAUGAUUAAAAGGUUUGAUUAGUAAGCUUCAAUCAUUGUUGCUUUUUUUGCACAUGUUCUUCAUUCCUCUACAGUGCAAUAUGUACAUAGAGCACUUGCGGGUGUAACCUUGAUCCCUCAGGGAAAAAUACAUAUUUGUACAGGAUUUUUCUUUUUUUUGCCUUUUUUCUUUUCUUUCCUUUUUUCCUUUUUUUUUUUUUUGCUAAGGAAUGUCGAUUGAAUCACUUGUCUGUUGUUGAGGGGCAGCCAGAUAAUAAUCCUAAACCACUGUCACAAAACAUUGAUUGUUUAAAUUUAGUGCCCUUUUAUUAUUUAAAAAAGAAAAAUAAAAGUUAUUUUCUGACAGUUCUUUGUGCUGAUUGGUGAAAAAAAGGGUAAAUAGAUUAAGCACCUUAUGAUUGACUUAACUGUGAAUGACAAUCCAUCUCGUUAUCAACAAGAGAAGCCCUAUCAUUUUGGAGCUGGGGUUAGAAGUCAGAAACUAAUGUGCUCAGGGAUCUUCUAAAACUCUUCAACAGGGUGGCCAGUACUGCUGGUGGAACAAAUUACUUUUUAAAAAAUAUGCUAGUAUUUCUUCCCUUCCCCCUGCCCCCAGGCACAAGAAAACUGGAUUUUUUUUAACUAAAUGGUCUAAGCGUGCCUCAUUCUCUUGCUCACUCUUGCGGUAGAGCUGCUUUUUGGUUGGUAUUGUGCUCAAAACAGAAGUACUCCAAAUAGUGCAAAGAUUUUAUAAUUAUAUUUUACAAAAUAAAUGCUGACCCACUAAAUAAAUGAUUGAAAUUAAUUUCAAUACCCUCUGAACAUUUUUGUAAUGAUAGGACUACUUUUCCAACUGAAAUUCAGUGUUCUGCAAUAGAAAGCGGCUUUUUGUAUUUAAAUUAUUAUCAAAGAAAAUGAAUCCGUUUGUGAGAAUACAGUAAGAAUGAAAAGGUCAUGGUUAGGUUUCAUCAGAGAAGUCACAUAGAAAGAACACAGAUCUGCAGGAAUACAAGAACAGCACUUCAAAUCUUGUCUGUCAUUGCUGCAGAUUGCAGAUGUUUCAUGGUAAAGCCAAAACCUGACUAAAAGAAACACUGCGGCUGAAGAAAUUUUCAUACCUAGUACAUCAAAUACAGCAAUUCCAAGAGAUUUUACAAUGGCACCAAAACCCAGCCAUGUUCAGAAGUCUCCCAGUGCCAAACUAUAGGAUACUUGAAGCCUGUCCCAAUUAGCUUUGUUUUAUGGCUUCACAUUCUUUUGAAAAUGCAAGUAGAAAAAUAAGUAAACAACUAUGAACAAAAUGAGCAAGACUUUAGCACCUUGGUUACAUUGGAAAGAGAGUGAAUUUGAUUUCUCCAUCCAAUGUGUCUGCUUGGAGAAAGCCCCACUUCUCUGGUAUUUUUGAGGGUUUUUUCACGGGUAUACGGCUACCAGUUGGUUACUUGAGAUUGCCUAAUAAAUAGGGAGAGCAUACUUACAGUUUCACAAGCUGACAGCUGAGUUUAGCUUGGAAUGGCUUUCCGAGGCAGACAAGCACUUAGCAAGUGUGAUCAGUUGGUGUUCCGGCAUCUUCAGCAGAGGAGAAUUCCUACUGCUGAUUGACAGUGGACUCUGUUCAUUAUGUACUUGCACAUCAAUGAAACACUUAGAAUGGACAACCUAUAAGAUGUUUUAACUGCGUAGUGGGAUGAUCCAAGCAUUACAGUAUCUUUUUUUGGAUUGGCAUAGACAAUCCCCAGUCUGUACUUGAUGAACAAAACAAGUUACACAGUGUAAGCUGUGCAAAUGGCGUGUAUUUUUUUCCCUAGACAUUCCUAAACUCCUCAAUAUAGACAAACCUAUUAAUAUAAAUGCCAGAAACAGCACUUACUACACAAUAUCCAAAAAUAAUAGGCAAUUUUCUCUUGAGUAUGGAAUUCUACCUGUGCUAGCUGAUUCAGAUUGCACAGAACAUCUUUAUUUUCCCUAGCUGGAGAAACAUAACUAUUAGAAUUAUUUUUUAAUUAUUAAUACUAAUAUUUAUCACUUUUAAAGUUACAUCCAUUAAUAUAUUUGAAUAUUAGCCUCUUACUUUCUUUUUGUUUAAGUAUUUCUGUCAGUUAAUCAUUUGGUGGAAAUGAGGGCAAAUGCAUACAAAUACCAAAUACAACAACAAAAAGAAAAGUUUUAAAAUGUAAAUGAGUAUUUAUUUAAAAAUCCUUGCAGUAUGUGCUUUAAUUCUAGUACUGUGAUAAUGGCUUGCUACAUAAUGCUAAGUCACUGGACUUGAGGAGAAAAAUACGUAACAUAAUAUACAGUCUUUCUCUGGAACUUUAUUCAGGUACUAAAUAGAAUUUUAACAUCUAAACAGAAGCUGUAUUCUACCUUUUCCAUCUAUAAUGUCGCUGUUUGUCCUUUUUUCUUUUUUUUGCCUUUAUCAUUGGUAGAAUAUAGCAAUAACUUUAUAGCAAUAAGUAGGCUAUCCAAAUAAGAAACAAAACAUGAUAAAGGCUUCAGAUCAAUACUCAUAGGCUCACUUCUUCUGCCACAAUAUUCACUUGUAUGUCUUCCCUCAUAAUCUUAUUCUUCAAGCUGAACUUCACAAUCAAGUUGUUCAACUUGAUGUGUGACAUCACACUUUGUUAACAUCUGCAUGUUUUCAGUGUUCACAUGUCCUACGUAUACUUGUGUUCCUAUGUUAGUGUUUCUCAAGGUUUCUGAAAGCACAAUCUCUAUGAGCUAUAUUUCUGCACAGGGCUCUCUGUGUUGGAAUUGACUUAGGUUUCCUGGGGUAGGGAGUGUGAAUCAGCUGGAAUGAUUGGCAGCGUUUCCUAACUGAAGGACCCAAGCUGCUGCAGGUACUUGGGAACUCUCUGGCCACUGCAAAGUGCAGUCCCCAGCCGGCCCAUGCAGCUCCUCUAGGCCGUGGGGCUGAGCUGCAGCUCCCGAGUUCCCUGCCCAGCGCGCUCCUGUAGCCAGCACAAGCACGUGCUCUGCGCUGGGGAACCUGCACUUCACAAAGAACCGGGCUGGGUGUGCCUGGCAGGGUGCUUUGGUCAUGAUCUAAACACUUGGGCAUCAUUCAAACAACCAUUUGUGACUUUCGGUUUGAGAAACACUACCCUGAACUACCCCACCAAGUCUUAAUGUAGAUGCACAGACCUUACAGGAACUUGCGAUCUGUAACGCUAUCUCUAUCUAAUGCAGAGAAUUCAUAAGCAAUACAGUGAAUUUUAUUUCACAAAAAGGCAUACGUACUGUACACCUUUUUAAAUCCAAAACGUUCCUCAUUUCUACAUUGAUUUAGAAACAAGUUACAGAACAGUGGUCACUAUUUGAAAUAUUAGGACAUUAACUGGCUGCUUCUUUAUAUGUAACUGUAUUGUCUGCCUGCUCCUUUUCUGGAGAUGUGUUUUUGUAUUGGAUGUUUGGGCCAAUGGGAGGCUUCAAGCUACAGUGUAUUUUCCCAGAUUAAAUAUAUUUAACAUAUGACAAACCCCAGACAAGGCUUUUUAAAAUGUAUAAAGAACUGCAGUGUUAGGUGGUUUAUUUGCAAACUGUUUUCAAUGUUGUCCAUUUUUAUGGCACCUUUAACAAUAUUCUUGUUUCCAAAGUACAAAAAAAAAAGGUUAAAAAUAUUCUAGCCAUAACUGAAUGUCAAGCAAUAAAACAAAUGACUUUUUGUGCAUAGAUUUAAAAGAAAUACAAGUUUUAGACAUCUGCAUGUAAAUGCAAAUCUCUUGUUUACUGCUUUCUUAAACUUGAGCAACUGAUUCCUUAUUUUAUUACUAAUUUAAGGACUUGUAAUGGCCUGUAAACAUUUUAUCUUGCUCUAUUCUUUCAACUCUAACUUUGUCUCUGCUUUGGAGUCAUAAUAUUUAAUGUUGUUCUGCUCACCUCUAUACAGUUAACUUUUUGCUUUCAUUCUGUAUAGAUAAAAUUAUACUAUAAACAGCCUACACAGUGCAAAUAUUUAUCUGUUUAUCAAAUACCACAUUAUGCUGUAUAAUAUCUGUUUUACUAUAUAAUCUAUUUUAGACAUAGCUGUUUAGAACUAGAGUGUGCUAUUUUUGUGUUUUUCUGAUGUGUGGUGCUAGAUAAGUUACUUUUGUGAACAAAAACAAACAAACCCCUUUUAUUCCUAGACAAUACCACCUUUGGGUCUUGUUAAUUUCACUGAGUAUAACUAUAUAUAAAUAUAUAUAUUUGUGUAUAUAUAUAUAUAUACACCAACAUAUGCCCAACAAGUACCUGUAUCAGAGUACAAGAUUUGGGACAUGGUUUUCUCUUUAAAUGCAUAGUGUCAUUAUAUAAAUUAUUCUAUAGUAUAUUUAAUAAGGAGAAAAUUACUUCACCGGUACAGAUACUUGAUAUCAAAUGUAGAAUUUUUUCUACAUUAUUAACAUUAUUAAUUAUUAAUGUUAUUAAAAUUGUUCUGUCCAGCUUGUUAUCCUUUUGGUUACUAAAAGAGUCUGCCUGUAUUGUAUUCAAAAUAAGAAAACCAUCUAAUCUGCCAGUAUAAAAUAAUUACAAUAUGCUGUCUGUCUGUCUGAAAGGGAGGUAGUUAUUUGGCUUGUUGGGAGAAUUCUAUCCUGUUGUUGCAUUGGAAAUGUAGAGAUGUUAUUCUGCUGGGUGCCUUCCUCCCUCCUCACUUUAAAUAGGAUCUGUACACGCUCGGACUGCGGAUGUUACUGGGCCAUGCCUACACACUUAACUCCAGUUACUGUAAAUAGGAAUGUUCUGUAAAUCUGCCGUGAUGGAUGGCUAAAUUCAGUCCCUGGAUAUGCUUUAUACACCAUGCAUACAUAUCCAAGGACAGCCAGUAGCAACUAAAGUUAAUUAAGAAGUGGAAUUUGCAACGUUUUGUCAGGUAUGGGGGUUUUGUUUUUAUUUUUUCAUGUAUACCUUAAUUUACGUAGUCAUGUACCCUUCAAAAUAUUCCUGUCCCCUGUUCCUUUCAUUCUAGAUAUUGUUUUAAUGUUCAUUCUUAAAAACUGAUGGAUAUCAAAUAUCUAACUAAGGAGGUAAUUAACCUUUUAAAUAUUUAUUAGAAUUUUUCUGUAAUAUUACUGAAUUUAUAAGAUCUUUAGCAAAGAUUUUUGAGCAAUUUAUUAAUAACAAUGUUUCUGUUUACUGCACUUUUUGAUAAUAGAAGGUAGUGAAUUUUAAAGCCAUGGUUCUUGGCUUCCAUGCACUGCUUUUAUACCCUCAAUCCAAGGAAUAUAUAUAUAUAAAUAAUUUUUUUUAAACAGCAAACAUACUGUUGACCUAAAAACAAAAACAAACUUUACUGCACCAUGGGUAUAUUUUCAUAAGUGGAAUGUUUAACUGCAAACACUAUCAGGACAAUUAUAAAAACCUCUUGAAGCUACAAUCUUAUUUAAAUAUAAGCCAUGACAAUUUUGUUUUCCUUUCUUGAUUUAAGUUACCUUUUGAUAUUUUCAAAGAGAGAAGGACUCACUCUUAAAUUUGUAAGUAACAACCUAUAGGCAAUGCCAGGAACACAUUCUCCCUACUGUUUUAAUAGUUUGAUAUAUUUAUGCAAAACCAUUUGGUUAACAUUUAUCCUCCCUCUUUACUAAAUGUUCAACAUACCAACGCCAGAAUAAAUGCUGAUUACAAAUAUACAUCAGAUUGAAGAUGAAGCACACAGACUUAAAAACCUCGUUGAGUGAUACGCUCAAAUUUCUGUAAAUACACACAAGUUUAAUGCAAUUAUACUGUACAUGUAAAUAUGUGCUGUCUGUUAUGUGUACAGUAUGUAUAAAUUCCUUUUCUAGCCACAAUAAAAUGUAAGCCAUCAAGAGGAUGUGGUAUUGUACUAAACCUUUGCUAAUGAUCUUUACCCAGUCACUUCACUUCUCCCUUCCAUCGACCUCUCCAACUCACUCUUACGAUAGCCUGCUUAUAUUCAAGUUUGUUAUUUUACUCGGUCCCGAAAAAAGUAUUUUGAUUCAUUUUGUAAAUAUGACUGUAAAAAUAAGAGAUUUAAUGUUGUCUUUUAAAUACUCCAAUUUUCAUUCUAAUAUGAAUGUUGUUAUAUUGUACUUAGAAACCGUACCUUUAAUAUGACAUUACCUUUAUUAAGUGCAUUGAACACAUCGAUUUUAGAUGUGCUUUAUGUACUCUUAUCCUGUAAUAAAACUUCAGCUUCUAAUGGAAAAA